AUGAGAGCAGUUGAUAUCAAAGACGGCAAGGGCCCGAAGGAGAACCUCUUCAUCAACGCUGAUACGCCGAAGCCGGCACCUGGAAAUGGUGAGGCUCUCGUCAAGAUCAAGGCUUUUGGCAUCAAUCGUAUGGACCAGAUUCAACGUCUGGGCAAUUACCCGCUCCCACCUCAGGCACCUAAGACGCUUGGUGUAGAGUUCAGCGGGACAAUUGAGUCCUUUGGCGGCAGCGACCAUGGUAACUUCAAGGAAGGCGACGAGGUCUUUGGUCUUGCAUAUGGAGGUGCAUAUGCCGAGUAUAUUGCCGUCAACAGCAAGAUGCUGCUGCACAAGCCUGAUUUCUUGUCGUGGGAGCAGGCUGCUGGCAUCCCAGAGACCUGGAUAACGGCGACGCAAGCUCUUUUCCUCGUGGGCGAGUUCUCAAAGGGCAAGUCUGUUCUCUGGCACGCUGGCGCCUCUGGUGUUUCUAUUGCAGGCAUUCAACUCUCUAAAGAUGCGGGCGCUUCUGCCGUUUACGCAACAGCGGGGUCCAAGGAGAAGUGCGACCUAGUUGUUAAUGAAAUUGGCGCCACGGCUGCCUUCAACUACAAGGAGGAGGACUGGGCCGAGAAGAUCAAGGAGGCGACGGGCGGCAAGGGAGUAGACCUGAUUGUGGACUUUGUGGGUGGUGGAUACUUCCAGAAGAACCUCGACGUUGCCGCACGGGAUGCCAGAAUCGUGUUGCUUGGCCUACUCGGUGGACCGCAGAUUGAGAACGCCAACAUUGGGCCGUUGCUGUACAAGCGCAUCAGGCUUGAGGGCAGCACUCUACGGAGCAGAGACGUGGAGUAUCAGGGCAAGCUGAGGGACCGCCUGGAAGAAUACGUACCGCACUUCAAGACGGGCAAGCUGAAGGUCGUCAUUGAUACGGUACUUCCUUGGGAGGAGAUUCAGAAGGCACACGGGCUGUUGGAAGCGAACAAGAACUCGGGCAAGAUUAUCUGUACAGUCGCUUAA